GUGACAAUUACACGUUGAUUUUUCUCGACCAACCACAAAGACAUCGGUACCCUCUAUCUUGUAUUUGGUGCCUGAGCUGGAAUAGUGGGCACAGCCCUAAGCCUGCUAAUUCGAGCUGAACUAAGCCAACCCGGCUCCCUUCUCGGAGACGAUCAAAUCUACAAUGUUAUCGUUACCGCCCAUGCCUUCGUAAUAAUUUUCUUUAUAGUAAUACCAGUAAUAAUUGGAGGCUUCGGAAACUGACUAAUCCCCCUAAUGAUUGGAGCCCCAGACAUAGCAUUCCCCCGAAUAAACAACAUGAGCUUCUGACUCCUUCCACCUGCUUUCCUCCUGCUUCUUACUUCAUCCGUUGUGGAGGCUGGGGCUGGGACAGGAUGAACUGUCUACCCCCCUCUUUCAAGCAACCUCGCCCAUGCAGGUGCAUCCGUAGACCUAACAAUUUUUUCUCUACACCUGGCCGGAGUAUCAUCCAUUCUUGGAGCAAUUAACUUUAUCACAACCAUCAUUAAUAUGAAACCUGCCACUAUAACGAUAUAUCAAAUGCCCCUAUUUGUCUGAUCCGUACUAAUUACUGCUGUACUUCUCCUUCUAUCCCUCCCAGUCUUAGCUGCAGGAAUUACGAUACUUCUAACCGACCGAAACCUAAACACAACCUUCUUUGACCCUGCUGGAGGAGGAGACCCCGUCCUCUAUCAACACCUAUUCUGAUUCUUUGGCCACCCAGAAGUUUACAUUCUUAUCCUCCCAGGUUUCGGAAUGAUCUCCCAUAUCAUCGCAUUCUACUGUGGGAAAAAAGAACCAUUCGGUUAUAUGGGCAUGGUCUGAGCAAUAAUGGCAAUUGGCCUACUAGGGUUUAUUGUCUGAGCACAUCACAUAUUUACAGUCGGGAUGGACGUCGACAUUCGAGCAUACUUUACAUCCGCUACAAUAAUUAUUGCUAUCCCCACAGGUGUUAAAGUGUUUAGCUGACUAGCCACACUACACGGAGGAAAAAUUACCUGGGACACCCCCUUCCUCUGAGCCCUAGGUUUCAUCUUCCUCUUCACUGUCGGGGGCCUAACCGGAAUUGUCCUAUCCAAUUCUUCUCUAGACAUCAUCCUCCAUGACACAUACUAUGUAGUAGCACAUUUCCACUACGUCCUCUCCAUGGGAGCUGUCUUUGCAAUUAUGGCAGGCUUCGUUCACUGAUUCCCGCUACUUUCAGGCUACACACUCCACUCCACAUGAACUAAAGUUCACUUUGGAGUAAUGUUUGUAGGAGUAAACCUAACAUUCUUCCCCCAACACUUCCUAGGACUGGCCGGAAUGCCCCGACGAUACUCUGACUAUCCAGAUGCCUACACCUUAUGAAACACUGUCUCAUCUAUUGGAUCAAUAAUUUCCCUCAUCGCCGUAAUUAUGUUUUUAUUUAUCUUAUGGGAAGCCUUCACGGCAAAACGAGAAGUUCUCAUGGUAAAAUACGCUCAACUAAACGUCGAAUGACUCCACGGUUGCCCUCCACCAAACCACACAUUCGAGGAACCUGCCUUUGUCCAAGUUCGCCACAACUAA